UCACGACUGUCUCAGUGGUGCAACCGUCCCUCGAUCCAUCAACAAGGGAGGGAAAAAUCUCUCCUUCAUCAAACUCAACUUUAUGAUUUUUAUCUUCAAAGUAGCACCACCGGACCAACUCCUUGACAGGACACAGUAACAUUCCGUUACGCCGAGCUUUACAACUCCAACAUUGCAAUUCAUUUUAUCACAUGAAAGGACAAUAAUUAUUUUAUUGUAUUUCCCGACUCUUUUUUUAUUGCAUCAACGUUAUUAGGAAUAUCAUCCUGACGAAAAGAAAUCUCCUUCAAAAUUCGUUUUCAUCAGAUUUACAGGAUGUCGAAAAAUGACAAGAUACUUGGGAUGAGCUUGAUGGGGUUGAUUUCAAUAUUGAUACACCUUAUGAUGGUUGGCAUUGCACUUGUUGGAGCAUCAAGCGAAGAGGAUGAUGACGACGAGGUAGCAAUGGGAACGAUGUUUUUAGAAUCUUAUGGUUACAUGAAGAAACACGAUCCGAACCAUUUAGUCACAAGGGAAGAGUUACGUCCUUAUGUCGCUAGGAUGCAGUCCUUCUACAAAAUUCCCGUCACAUCGGAGCUCGAUACCGAAACGAUAGCGGCCAUGAAACGACCACGAUGCGGGGUUAGUGACAUCAGAAUGACCGAAACCGAAUUGAAUGGAGAGCCUGGGACUCUGUACAGCGGUAACUCCAAAUACAGCCUGUUCGUCAAUGCAAAGAGGAAGAAAAGAUUUGUUUUAUCGGGAGCAAGCUGGGGAAGAACUACCAUCACAUUCACAUUUGAUAACUACACACCCGACCUCCCAAUGGGACUCGUACGGAGGGAGGUUCUGAGAGGACUCAAAGUGUGGAGUGACGUCACGCCAUUAAAGUUUCGAGAGCUCCGUUAUGGUCAAGGCGAGCCGGACAUCCAUAUUCUGUUCGCCACACAGGAACACAAUGACGAAUACCCUUUCGAUGGCAAGGGAGGAACACUAGCACACGCCUUCUAUCCUGGUCCUGGUCUUGGCGGUGAUGCACAUUUCGAUGAGGAUGAAAGAUUUACUGCAGGAACACCAGAUGGAACAAAUUUGUUUUUCGUAGCAGCUCACGAACUCGGACACAGCUUAGGGUUAGGUCAUUCAGACGUAGAGGGUUCGCUGAUGGCGCCCUACUACCAAGGCUAUCAACCUAAUUUCAGAUUGCCCGAGGAUGACAUAUUGGCUAUCCAGGAAAUUUACGGUCCCAACCCUAACCCACCAAGACCCACACAAGGAUACUAUACCCAACCACCAAUGGCAACAUAUUACCCUAGUUAUGGUGGUGGAGGAGGUGGUGGCGGUGGAGGUGGCGGUGGCGGUGGAGGUUCUAAUUAUUGUACAAUGAGCUUUGAUGCCUUGGCAAAUCUACGAAGCGAACUGUAUGCAUUUUCGGGUAACUUAUUGUGGCGGUUCCGCAAUAGUCAAUUACAACAGGGUUAUCCAGUACGUAUAUCAGCGUUUUUCAGAAACGCACCAAGUAAUGUUGAUGCAGUAUUUGAAAAGCCUGGAGGCACAACAGUCAUUAUAAAAGGUUCACGAUACUGGGAAUACAGCGGGGUAAACCUCAAGCCAGGUUUCCCGCGUUCUCUGGGUCGGAUGGGUCUCUCUAACGGUGUCAAUGCAGCAUUCACCUGGCCUCAGGAUAGGAUGAUUUACAUAUUCGCAGGAGAGGAGUAUUGGGGCAUGUACAACUACAGAUCGAGAGUAGACAACAAUGAAUAUCCACGGAAUGUUCUUGAGGAUAUACCUGGACUACCUCUUGGGUUUACCUCUGCAUUUUCAUCGAGAUCUGCUUCUUAUUUUGUACGAGGUUCUCAGUACUGGCGUUACGACCAUAAUUCCGGGGCUUUAAGUCCUGGUUUUCCUCGCAAUUUUCACAACGACUGGCUCGGCUGUGGAAAACCACAACUACUUGGAGAGAGUGCCGCUUCCAAAUCAGGCGGAGAGGGCGUUAGUCACGCGCAGGCUCUCAACUUUCAUCCAAUGCCGAUCGCGCUUUCAGUUCUGACAGCAAUGUUAUCACAGAUUGUUGUACUGAAUUUUCAACAUAUAUGAUGUCGUCUAUUGAAUCGCCUCUUCAAACAAAGCUUCUAGAAUUAGAAGGAUUAAUAACAUUGACUGUCUAAAUAUACUGUAUCUGGAGCCGUGGAAAUCAUAUAAUCGUCGAAAAGGCCAGAUUAUUAGUGAAUAUUGCACGAUGAUUUACCCAGCUAACUUAUUUAUUUUUUCACAAAAAAUAACUACAAUGAAAAAUUCAAGGUUCAAAUAUUCACAACGCUUUUGUUUAAAAAUAAAUGAUACCGACACUCAUGAUUUUCUUUAAUCUGCCGUUCUAAAUACUGAUUUUUGAUGCGACUCUCUUAGAAGGAAAUGGAAAUUUCUUUGUGGAAAUUAAGUGGUAUAUGAAAUCAAUAUACUAUUAAUUUGGUGAAACUCCUUGAAUAUAAAUGAGACGAAGGCGAAUAUUUUUUUUAAUAAUCUGUUUCGAUCAUGAUAAAACCACAUUUGACAAGAAAGGUACAUUUGUUGUGUAGGUGCAGUUAUUGCUGAAGAUAUUUAAUAUGAAUUGACGCAUUUAAAUAAUCAAGUCGUAUUUUUUCUUAAUGUUUCAGUUUAUAAAACCACUUAUGCUUAAUAUCAUGACUUACUAUACUUUGCACUGUACAACUGAAUGCAUUUCAUUGAAAUUCAUGUGAUACGCUUGCAAUUCAUUUAUGACAGUACUUCAAUAUAAGAGAUCAACAUUAUAUUACGGAAUUGUCAAUGGACAUUUCAUAACAAGUUAGUGUUAACAAUAUUUAUCUAACUUUUGUUGAGAUUGUAAAUAUCAUUUUCACAUCACGAAUGACAUAGUAAUAGGAUAAAAAAAAUAAGUGCAACCACCCUGCUAACAGUCUAAAUUGCUGCUAAAGGGUAUAUUACAACGAUGGUGGGAUUGAAACUAGUGUGACGCAUUUAAAAAAAAUAUAAAAUGCCUAUGUGUGUCUUAAUUUGUAUAAAAGAAUUGUAUACAUUUCUGUCUUUCAAGAAGCUUAAUUAAAAUAUGUUUAUGCACCAU